UCUUUGUUCGCGAGUCUUUGUUAGCCAUGCCUAGCCUGGUGGUAUCAGGGAUGAUGGAAAGGAAUGGGGGCAUGUCAGACCUGACCAAGGACAGGGUGCUGGAGGAUGACAGGGCUCUUCAGAUUGCCCUGGACCAACUCUGCCUGCUGGGUUUAGGGGAGACAGAAGAGGACACCAACAACAACAACAACAGCAGCAGCCACCCCCAGCACCCCCAGAAAGGGGACAGCAAGCUCAGCGUCCUGUACAAGGAGGCAGAACUCCGGCUGAAGAGCUCCAACACCACGGAGUGUGUCCCGGUGCCCAGCUCGGAACACGUGGCUGAGAUUGUGGGGAGGCAGGGCUGCAAAAUCAAAGCACUGAGGGCCAAGACAAACACGUAUAUCAAAACACCGGUAAGAGGAGAGGAGCCAGUGUUUAUGGUAACCGGACGCAGGGAAGACGUAGCUAUGGCAAGGCGCGAGAUUAUCUCUGCCGCCGAACACUUCUCCAUGAUCAGAGCUUCACGCAACAAAGCUGGCACGGCUUUUGGCAGCGCUCCCACCCUUCCCGGCCAGGUGACCAUCCGCGUGAGGGUUCCCUACCGGGUGGUGGGUUUAGUGGUGGGACCCAAAGGGGCCACGAUCAAAAGGAUCCAGCAGCAGACAAAUACCUACAUCAUUACUCCGAGUCGCGAUCGAGACCCCGUGUUUGAGAUCACAGGGGCGCCAGGGAACGUGGAAAGGGCCCGGGAAGAGAUAGAGACCCACAUCGCCGUACGUACGGGAAAGAUUCUGGACUACAACAACGAGAACGACUUUCUUUCGAGCAGCCCGGAUUCCGGCAUGGAAAGUCGGUAUCCAGAAAGCUGGAGGGUGCACGGGACGGCAGCCACCUGCAAACCCCUCUCUACGUUUCGACAGAACAGCUUGGGGUGCAUCGGCGACUGUCCCCCAGAGCCUGUGUACGAGACCCCACGACUGAACGAUCAAAAUGACUUCAACUACGGCUAUCUGUUCCCCAAUUACAAGCAGGAGGUCUAUUACGGAGUGGCGGAGUCCGGGGGUCCCAUGUGGGGCGGGCAGGAAAACAACAGUCCGGCGCCGGGCAUAUUUCCAAAGCAGCAGCGCUCCGGCAGCAGCGGCACUAUCCAGACCAACUCAUCGCAGCGCUCUCCGGAUUCCACUCUUACCAGCCUGCCGAGAAGAAGCCAGGGGGAGGCGAUGCCGGGCUUUACCAAGCUAAGUGCCACUCGAAACUCCAUUUCUGGGAGCCGGGAGUGCAUGGUGUGCUUUGAGAGCGAAGUCACUGCUGCGCUGGUGCCGUGCGGCCACAACCUUUUCUGCAUGGAGUGUGCCGUCCGCAUUUGUGAGAGGAACGAGCCAGAGUGCCCCGUGUGCCAUGCCUCCGCCACUCAGGCCAUCCGAAUAUUCUCAUAAGAGAGACAUGCGGGGACAGGGGAGGGUAACGGGUGCUGAACUCUCGGUUGCACAGAGGUCAAAGACGGUAUCUAAACUUCAUCGACACUUCUUCAAGUCGUGGGUAC